UCGUCAGUAAUUUAGUAUUGGCUAAGAAGGAAAGGAAGAGUUGUCGGUCCUCGCAAGGACAGUUAUUGUAAAAAGGUGAAAAUGCCAAUUCUGAGCAAUUUGCGGACGACAGCCCCGGCUGGAGCCCGACUGGCUCAGGCAUUGGUUCGAGUUAAACAGACAGUGAACGUGUCUGUGAGGAAUAUGGGAGGUCAUAAGAUGGUGAAGCGGCCAUCAGAGUUUCAAAAAUAUCAAUUAAAAGAUGACCUUUAUUAUUUCCUAGGGCUAGGAAUAAUUCCAGCUGGCUUGUUUAUCACAUAUCUUAAUGUUACACAAGGUCCUGCUCAGUUGGUAGACACACCUGAGGGUUAUGUUCCAGAACCACAUGAGUACCACAGAUUGCCACUGACAAGGUUACUUGCUAAAUAUGGAGUUGAACCUAUUGA